AUGGAACCUAUAGAAUUGCGUCCGUCUGUUCUAUAUUAUGGUAUUAUACCAGUAGCAGACAGACCAAUUUCCCAGGAAAUUAUUAUAACAAAUCGGAGUACAAGCUCAAUGCUGAUAAAAUUUAAUAAAGUUUCGUCAAAUUUCUUCCGGUUUACACAUUUUAAUAAAAUUGUAAAAGCGCAGCGUAAAACUGGAUUUGAUAUCUUUUAUAAUGGACAAAAACUCGAUAAUCUGACUCUUCAUCCACAACAAUCUGUGGAAGUUAGUUGUGUUAUUCUUCCAUCUCAAAUUAAGCAGUCAUUACCAAUAACAAUUGAUAUUCCGAUAGAUGCAUUUGAAUUUGAUGAAGAAUAUGCAGAUUCUUCCGGUGAUGGCGAAUUUUUAGAUGAAGAAUCUGAUACAGAACCGCUUUAUUCAACAAAGGCGACUUUAACAAUUAACGCUAUUCUGUCUUCUGCAUCGUAUGCCAUUGAACCAAACAUUUUAUACUUAAAUAAUUGCAAAAUCAAUCAGACACAAACGAGAAAAGUAACAUUACGCAAUUUAUGCGACUCAACGCUUCCAAUUAUGAUACAUUCAGUUCCAGAAAUUGAAGUUUUUACUCCAUCUUUACAAAAUUACAUCUGUUUACCACCAAUGAAGUCAGUAGAGAUCACUUUGAACCAUACACCAACGACUCUUGGCCUUUUUGAGCACAUAAUACCUUUCGAUUGUUUGAUCAAAAAUGAUACUCCUCAAGCUUUAAGGAUAAUGACAGCUGUUUCACCAGAAACGAUUCCACAUAAUUUUCCAGUUAUACAUCCCUCUGAAGAAUUAAUAGAUUUCGGUCAAGUUUACGCAGGAGAAGAAUGUGAAACAGAAUUAUUCAUAGAAAACAAAAGUGACAUCACAUAUAAACUGCAUAUGUGUUCUCUUGUUGAAUCGUAUUUAGAUUUGCCAUCCAGCGUUCACGCGUCUUUGACAACGUCAUUUCAACAAAUUAUCGAUUCCUAUUCGAAAAAGAGCCUUCCUACCUUGUUUUUCAAGACCACAUCUAUGUCAAAAUCAUCAGAUGAUAUCGAAAUUGUCUUAGAUUCAAAGUCUACAACGUCAAUAAAAUUAUAUUACACUCCAACAUUCAACAAACAAGCUCCUAUUAAUGAAUUUCAUCGCAGAUCAUUUAUCAUGAUCUUAAAAUUCAUAGAUACUGUUUCUGAAAAAAGUUAUCGAAAAUUUUUACUUUGCAGCGCUAAUGUUUGCCAUUCCCAUGUUAGCAUUAAUCCAGGCAACAUGGAUUUCGGCGAUACUGUCGUUGCAAAUACGUUCAAAUCAGCUACAGUGAUGAUUUCUAAUUUAUCUCCUCUCCCAACAACAGUAAAAGCCACGUCGAGCUCAAGAGCGAUUGCUUGCUCGCCAAUACCAGUCACAGUACCUCCUCUUUCUGAAGUUCCUUAUAGUUUUAAUUUUUAUCCAAGAAAAGUUAACCCAGAAUACACAGGACAGAUCACAUUUGUCAACGAAAGGAACCCAAACAACAUAAUCAACUUCUCAGUGUCAGCAAUUGUCGUUGCUGGCCAGAAAGAGUCAAUUCAUUCAAUUUCUUAUUCACUUUCAAUAGAUAAGAACCCAAUUAACUUCAUUAAUUUCAGGAAUGUUGUUUCCUCGUUCCCUGCCAUCAAAGAAGUAACAAUUAAGAACAAAACUAAAGAUCCUUUGACAUUAUUAAUAAAAUCGAACAACCCAGAUGUUAUAUCCAUCUGGAUAGACCAAUCUUCCAACCAGCCAUCCACUCCAAGAGUCCCUAAAACCCUUCCUGCUGAGAUUUCUAAAUCUUCAAAGCUCCUCACAGACUUUACAAAACCGUCAAAUUUCAGAGCACUUUACGAGUCAAUGCGAUUAAAUUCAGACUUUUUCCACGACAUGUAUACACUAUUUCCAGAGCAUAAAUCGUCCGAAAUCGUCGACCAUUUUACUUUACAAAAAGAAUCUUUCAAAGAUCUCACAAAAGACAACGAUAAAACUAAGAACAUUACCGGCAAACAAAUUACUAUUCCACCAUCCUCCAAACUCCAGGUUUUCGUAGUUUGUAUUGCAGAUAAAGGAGAAAAUCCGAAUAUGUUCAUGCACAGAAGGUAUUCUCUUAGUAUUAUCAUGCCUAAUGUUGUUGAUUGUGAGCCAUAUUUGCUUCCUAUCAGCUUAAAUGUCGCUACAGCUUCGAUUUUCCUAAAUUCCAGAUCAUUAAAUUUCGGAGCUUUCAAAGUAAACACGAAAACACAACAUGACAUCCUUGCAUCCAAUGAGUCAUGUGUUCCUGCACCAUUUAGAAUCAAAUGCGAGUCUCCUUUGAACAUAGACAAGCAUAACAUUGGAAUAAUCAUUCCUUUGUCAAAUAUCAGAGUUCCUUUCACUUUUGCACCGGUUGUUGAUGGUUCUUUCCACAAGAUUAUCAAAGUAAUUAACGUAUUAAACGAAGACGAACAACUGGAAAUAGCUGUGAAAGCGAAUGUUGAGAGAGUAACCAAUUUCAUUAUUCAUCCUUCUGAAAUUGAUUUCGGAAAAGUGACAGCAGGAAUUUGUUCUGUUUCCAUUCCUAUUUUUAUCACAAAUACAAGUCAGAACAACAACGAAUUCACGUUCAGCCAUGCCACUAAGGAAUUCCAGUUCUGCAAGCCAUUGAUCAUGUUUAAGAUCAAAGAAUUGAGUGAACGAGCAUCAACAGACGCGAUGAAUCUUCAAGUUGAAAAACUGAAACGAAAACAGAAGAUUUUAUUACGAAAGAAGAAGAUGGAACGUGUUGAAACCAUCCAACACAUGAUUGAUGAUUUAAUGUCAUCACUUAAAAUCCGCGAAUCACAAACGAAACUUAAACAAUUAGGUGCAAAAUUCCUUGACUGCUUGUUAAUUAAUGCCGAACCAUUACAAGUUUAUUGCAUUGAAUUACAGUUAAUUCCAUCAUUAGGUGUUGGUCGUCGUUUACCAUUCGACGUUGGUAUCAAUGGUACGGUUAUUGUAUACGAGAAAGCUAAGACAGAGACGGAGAUCAUGAUCAAAUACAAAGCACACAUUGUUCCACAACCACAACGUAUCUUAGAUGCCGUUUUAGUUCAUUCAGUUAAUGUUGAACCAAGUUCAUUAGAUUUUGGUCAAGUUUAUGUUCACGAAGCGAUCAAACGCAAACUCACCGUUACUAAUGUUUCUAACACACAACAGAACAUCUGGUUCAGUGCAAACAGUUCGAGUGAUGCUAUCAUUACAACUAAGUUUGGUGAAUAUUUCUUGAAAUACAACGAAAGUAUUGAGAUUCCAUAUGAAAUCUUCUUCAUCCAACCAGGUCGAAUUGUUAAAGAGAUCAACAUCACAACACAGACAUCAUCCCAGAAGAUCCAAUUAACAGCACAAUGUUGUUAUCACGAUGUUCUUUCAUUCUCCGGUUUGAUUGAUGAUACUAUUGAUUACCAAACUAUUCCAUUGACAUCAUUGCGUAUUUUAGAAGAACGAAAAGUUUUCACCGUUACAAACAUCACAGACAACAAUGUUUAUGUUUAUAUCCAAAACAAAAACACGAAGGAUAUCUUGAUCUACGAGAAAGAUCCUAAAGCUCCACUUAUCAAACCAUUCUGUUUGCAAUCUAAACACAAUGUUUUACUUAAUGUUUUGUUGAAACCAGAAAUCGACCGCGAAAGUUAUCAUAAUUACAAAUCAACUGUUAUCGAUGAACAGAUCAACAUCACAUGUUUCGAAACCGAAGAAGAAGCAUCUGCCUUCUCGGCACUGAACAGUGAUGAUCCCGAUUGUAUCUUCCAGAAAAUUAUCAAAAUCAAAGCUAUUAUUGGUCGUAUUGGUUUGUUGACAUCCGACACAUUUAGUUUGUUCAAAUGUGUUAGUUCAUCCAACGAACAAAUCGACAUGAAGAUGACCAUCAAGAACCGAUCUACACACAUUCCUAUUACAGUCAUUGCUAGUGCUGUUCAAGGCUUGAGUUUGUCGGAUUAUGUAUUUAAUUUGGAAGGUCGUAAAUGUGGUACAUAUUCACACGAAUUCAGUUUAACAUAUAGUCCAAGCAGUUUAGGUAUUAACGAAGCUCAGAUUCGAUUCACGACUAAUGGCAAUCAAAGCUAUUCUAAGUCAGUUACUAUCUCAGCAUUUGUUGAUCCUAAGCUUAUCAAAACUAAUCUUGGUAAACACGAUAAUGGAUCCGAUUUGUUGAACAUUGGUGGUAUUUACGUCCAGAACGGUAAACCAAUUUUCCAAGAUCUUUCAUUUGAAGUUACAAAUAUCUCUAAUAUUCCAAUCCGCUUCGAGAUCCAAGAACUCCAAAAGAAAUUCUUUUUGCGACAAAAAGAAACAACUAAAGUUACAUUCCAAUUCCCAUUUUCAACCGAUUUUUAUAAUCCACAAGAACCAGAUUUCUCAUAUCGAAUGUUUGUCUACAAUUUUUUGACGAAACAAGUGAUCAAAGUCAUUUAUUUAGUUGGAUACUUUUCCACAUCCAUUGGUAUUUUAGAUCACGAUUCUAUCAGUUUCGAACGCUUUGGUGAAGUUAAUCAUUGGAUCCACAAGAAAGAAUUCUGUUGUAUUGUUAAUCAGUCUAAGAUUCCUCUUCAUCUCCACUUAGUUUCCACACCAAAUUAUGUUGAUGUUCCAACCGAAAUCGGGCCUAUCGAAAACAACGGUAAAUAUGAAUUAGAGAUCAUUCCAAAAAUCGACGAACUUCGUAAUGUUGAAGGGGAAGUCAAUACGCAAAUCCGAUAUAUCAACACUAACAACAUCAGCAACAUAUUAAUCAUGAAUGUUAGUUUCAACAUUUCAGCUAGUUUCAUCCGAUUGGAACAAAUUGAUUCAUUCAAAUGGCUUAGCUUUUCUGCCCUUCCUUCUAAAGCUAUCAAAGAUUUCAAGGAUAUCGAAGGCGAACUUGUUAGUUCAACAUGGUUUUCAGUUGUUUCUACUAUGGAUGUUGAAACUACAGUCAAUCUUUGUAUUGAUCUUUUGCGUCAAGAUGAUUUAACUAUCGAACUUUUUGGCCGUGCUAGUGGUCGUCCUCUUCAACAACUUGUUCUUCAACCUAAUGAACGAUUUGAGAUCCGUAUCAAAGUUACAAUGAAACAAGGGAAGAAACUUGAUGAGAAAGAUCCAUAUUUAGGCGACAUUGUCUUCGAACACGAUGGCUCCGAAUCAUUAUCUAUGCCAUUAGUUUAUUCACCAACAGACGAAACUAACAAUGAACAAUCUAACAACCAACAACAGAAUUCACAACAAAAUAUUCAAGUUAAUAGUAAUUCCCAAAAUCAGAAUCCAACUAAUUCAUCGGAACCGAAACCAGAACUUUUAUAA